AUGACUAGCCUCAUCAGCAAAGUGUCGGGCGCCGUGGCCGCCAGCGCGUGCAGCGUCUCGCGCGCCACACGCCGCCUCCUGCUGCGAGGACGGCGGUCCCGGCGGAGCAACGGGCACAAGAAGGAGCGACAGGCGGCUGCUGCGGCAACGGACGCUGUGUGCGAGGACGACAGCGGAGCUCUGUGGCGCCGGGAGAUACUGAUGGGGCAGCGGUGCGAGCCACUCAACUUCUCGGGUGCCAUCCACUACGACAGCCAGGGCCGGCCGAUCUGGCAGCCCCGCCGCAGGGACAUGGCGGCCAAGAUGCUCUGCCGACCUUCGAACGUCGUGGACGACGCCGUUGUCGCGUGUCCAAGAAAGUGA